UCUGUUUUGACAUGUGAUGAAGAAGGCAAAUUAGAUUGUUUUCUUCUCUUACAGUGAGACACUGCUGCCAGUUUACAGGUAGACUGUUUUCCUCUGCAGCUCAGCCUUAACAAUCCUCCAAUAAUAUUAUCUGUUAGAGUUUCUGUUGCUCAGGGUUAUGACUGCAUGUUUGACAGGUUCUGCUGUGUAUACUGAGAGAUUUAUUGUUGAUAUGCACAGGAUAAUUUGUUUUGCAGAUUAAACAUAGUCAGAAGUAUACAAAUAAGAAUUAAGAAUGAUGUUUACUUAUACACAAUUCAAGAAAGUAUGAAAAUAAAUUAAACGCAAACCAUAAAAACUGUGCUUUGUAUUGAAAUGUGUGAAUGUUUAGCAGGUUACAAAAUUAUUGUCAUGGAAAUUUUGAUAUUCAAAACAAAAUGGAUUCUCAAAGAUGAGCCCUCUCUCAGAGUUUUCAUUGCUCUGUGUCAUAUGCAUACUAAUGGGACUCAUGGGAGUCAUAGUCGGCCUAGACAAAGAUCAUAGCCUGUAGUGCACAUAGCAGAUGGACACAGCCAUCAUGAUGACACUUGUUGGUUAGGGGACUCUCAUUGUCACCCUCACAUCUUUUAUAAACGUGGAUGCAAGUAGCCACGGGUGGAUCUGGCUGAAAUACCAAGGAUAUUGCAUGCUCUUAUGGGGGACCUAUGCAUCUGCACCACCAUGUAAGCCACACCCAUGGAGACAGACCACGGGAGGGGAAAACAUUUGACCUCACAAUAUGCACCCCAGCUCUAAAACUCUUAACCAAAAUGCUCCAAACUGGUUACAAAAUAGAUUUCACUAUAUCACAGGAUUAUUUUAGCACCAUGGGUCUGAUUGCAUCUUGUUAGCAAGAUACUGUAAUUAGCUAAGGCACUUCCAAACAUAAUACAAUGAGCUCUAUACUUCUCUAUAAGUUCUAUGCUUUUAAAAUGGUAAGUGAUAUUUUGAUAUUUGACUUAUCAGUGAAAAAUGCUAAACGCAGGCAUGAGUGUCAGCAUAACAGAGCUUCCUCUUUCUUCCUGCUGUUUCAUGUAUCUAAUUUUUUUUUUUUUUUGCUUCAACAGCUUAUUAAAUCUCUCGGCUCCUACCCCCGUUGGCAGUGUCUCCCACCACACUGCUCCUUCGUGCAAUACAAAGGUCUUGGCCAGUUUCAUUGUUGGACUCUUCAACCUGUACGAAGAUCUAUUCUUCACAUACCUGGAGAUCAACCCUCUUGUGGUCACAAAAGAUGGAGUUUACGUGCUGGACAUGGCAGCUAAGAUCGAUGCGACUGCUGACUACAUCUGCAAGGCCAAGUGGGGGGAUGUGGAGUUCCCUCCACCCUUCGGGAGGGAGGCUUAUCCUGAGGAGGCCUAUAUUGCAGACCUUGAUGCUAAGAGCGGCGCCAGCCUCAAACUCACUCUGCUUAACCCUCGAGGCAGAAUCUGGACCAUGGUGGCAGGUGGAGGUGCCUCAGUGGUGUACAGUGACACAAUCUGUGAUCUCGGUGGGGUCAAUGAGCUGGCCAAUUAUGGAGAGUAUUCAGGAGCACCGAGUGAACAGCAGACCUAUGAUUAUGCCAAGACCAUCCUGUCUUUGAUGACGAGAGAGAAGCACACUGAUGGAAAGGUUUUGAUCAUUGGAGGAAGCAUUGCAAACUUCACAAAUGUUGCAGCAACAUUUAAGGGAAUUGUUCGGGCUAUCAGAGAUUAUCAGGUGCCACUGAAGGAGCAUGAGGUCACUAUUUUUGUCCGGCGUGGAGGCCCUAACUACCAGGAAGGUCUAAGAGUGAUGGGAGAAGUUGGAAAGACCACUGGCAUCCCAAUUCAUGUCUUUGGCACAGAAACCCACAUGACUGCCAUUGUUGGCAUGGCGCUGGGCUACAGGCCGAUUCCCAACCUGCCUCCUGUUGCUGCCCACACUGCCAACUUCCUCCUCAACUCCAGCAGCAGCACAUCGACCCCAGUAUCCAGCAGAACUGCUUCUUUCUCUGAAUACAAAGGCAAAGUUGAGAGUUCACCAGCAAAGAAGGCUAAAAGUGGAGCUCCUAUUGCCAAGGCAUCUACCCUCUUCUCCAAACAAACAAAGUCAAUAGUGUGGGGCAUGCAGACACGGGCGGUGCAAGGCAUGCUGGACUUUGAUUAUGUCUGCUCCAGAGAUGAGCCAUCUGUCGCAGCUAUGGUCUACCCAUUCACUGGAGACCACAAACAGAAGUUCUACUGGGGACAUAAAGAGAUCCUCAUGCCUGUGUAUAAGAACAUGAGUGAUGCCAUGAAGAAGCAUCCAGAUGUAGAUGUGCUCAUCAACUUUGCCUCUUUGCGCUCAGCCUUUGAUAGCACCAUGGAGACCAUGCAGUACCCACAGAUUCACACCAUUGCCAUCAUUGCUGAGGGAAUCCCUGAAGCCCACACCAGGAAGCUCAUCAAGACUGCAGAUGAGAAGGGUGUCACGAUCAUUGGACCAGCAACUGUUGGAGGAAUCAAGCCAGGCUGUUUUAAGAUCGGGAACACGGGAGGCAUGCUGGAUAACAUCCUCGCCUCCAAGCUGUAUCGCCCAGGGAGUGUGGCCUACGUGUCCCGCUCAGGAGGCAUGUCCAACGAACUUAACAAUAUAAUCUCCCGCACCACUGAUGGUGUAUUUGAAGGUGUGGCCAUCGGUGGGGACAGAUACCCAGGCUCUGUGUUUUUUGACCAUGUGCUGCGUUACCAAGACACUCCUGGAGUAAAGAUGAUUGUCGUCCUAGGAGAGAUUGGUGGCACAGAGGAAUAUAAAAUCUGUCAAGCUAUCAAACAGGGCAGAAUCACAAAGCCAGUUGUCUGCUGGUGUAUUGGCACUUGUGCCACCAUGUUCUCCUCAGAGGUUCAGUUUGGCCAUGCAGGAGCUUGUGCCAACCAAGCCUCUGAGACAGCAGUAGCUAAGAACAAAGCUCUGAAGGAGGCUGGUGCAUUUGUCCCUAAAAGCUUUGAUGAGCUUGGAGAGAUCAUCAGAUCUGUAUAUGAUGACCUUGUUGAAAAGGGAGUUAUUCAGCCAGCUGAAGAGGUACCUCCUCCCACUGUACCAAUGGAUUACUCCUGGGCACGAGAGCUUGGUCUGAUCCGUAAGCCAGCUUCCUUCAUGACCAGUAUCUGUGAUGAGAGAGGUCAGGAGCUCAUUUAUGCUGGCAUGCCCAUCACUGAGGUCUUCAAAUCAGAAAUGGGCCUCGGAGGCACUCUGGGGCUGCUUUGGUUCCAAAGGAGGUUGCCAAGGUAUGCCUGCCAGUUCAUCGAGAUGUGUCUAAUGGUGACUGCGGAUCAUGGCCCUGCUGUUUCUGGUGCACACAACACUAUUGUCUGUGCCCGAGCUGGCAAAGAUCUCAUCUCCAGUGUCACCUCAGGCCUUCUCACCAUUGGUGACCGUUUUGGAGGUGCUUUGGAUGCUGCAGCAAAGCAGUUCAGCAAGGCAUUCGAUAGCAGCAUGCUGCCCAUGGAGUUUGUCAACAAGAUGAAGAAGGAUGGCAAGCUGAUCAUGGGCAUUGGCCACAGAGUCAAGUCGAUUAACAAUCCAGACAUGAGAGUCCAGAUCUUAAAGGACUUUGUGAAGCAGCACUUUCCUUCCACCCAGCUGCUGGACUACGCUCUGGAAGUAGAGAAAAUCACCACGUCUAAGAAACCCAACUUGAUCCUGAAUGUGGAUGGCUUCAUCGGUGUGGCUUUUGUGGACUUGCUCAGGAAUUGUGGAGUAUUUACACGGGAUGAAGCAGAUGAGUUUGUGGAAAUUGGUGCUCUGAAUGGCAUCUUUGUCUUGGGUCGCAGUAUGGGAUUCAUUGGACACUACCUGGACCAGAAGAGGCUGAAACAGGGUCUGUAUCGCCACCCUUGGGAUGACAUCUCCUAUGUGCUCCCAGAGCACAUGUCUAUGUAAUCAGAGGGACUAAACCAUAUAGCGACAGCUCUUUGGCCCCUCACCUCACAAUCAGUACCACCAGCCCAUACUGUGACAUCAUCUCAAAGCAGUGGCAUAAUAUAGGGUAGAUGUUACAAUUAAUGUAGCUGCAAAUGCCAAGUGUUGGAAAGAAUUUAGUUUUGGGAAACCUGUCAGUGCUGCAAUUGUGUGUAAUGUAUAACCUGCUAAACUGUGAAGCUUCAGUCUCAAAAUGUGUUUUGGAGAACAAUCAGACGAGGUAUACAGUCGAGGGAGUAAAAAAAAAGUUACCCGUGACUAGAGAAGUGCUGUUGUUCACCCCCCCAAAUAGUACAUCAUUAUAUCAAUAUAGCAUGUGUGUCUGUACAACAGUGUUGUGUCUCUGUGCUGCUUUCUUCACUGUGCCAUUUACCACAAGAAGUGAACUUGUAGUGCAAUAAUUCCUAUAAUAUCAGAACAUGCUGUUGAUCAGAGCUUUAUUUGUGUACAGAUGCAUUAAUAAUUACAUUUAAAUGCCACAAGAAUGUUAUCAUUUUUAUUUUCUGUACUGCCUUUGACACAGUGGCAAAAUGAUACUUGUAGUCUGCUUACUGUGGCUGAUGGGACCAUUUUUAUGAGUCAUUCCUAGCAGGUGCUGCCAUUUGCAGUCCCCAGGAAAUGUCUCUCUUCCAGCUGGUACAAAAUGAGGGAGCAUUUUUUUUUUAAAGCAUUAAAAUGGUUGAGUGAUGUUAUUAUAAUAUCAUAAGAACAACAAAUAAAUAUAUUUUACUUAAAUGUUUUUUUUUCUUUCGCCAUUAAGUGGGUUAGGUGCAAAAAGAGACCUAAAAUAAGUAACAAAAAGCUGAAUUAUUAACAAAAAUAUCUUUGUGUCAGCACAAUGAGGGUUAAAUAAUACAUUUAUUAUUUUUGUACAAUUAAUAUGGCAGGAAUCUUUUUUUUUUUUUUUUUUUUUUUAGUAAUUGCUAUUUUCUCUUGUUCAGUUCUUCUGUUAGAGUCCAAUUUUAAAGUUAGUUUCAUGCCUGAUGUGAAAAAUCUGGUCACAAUAUACCUGGCAGGCAUCACCAGUGUUAUCUGUUAUGUUAAUGUGGUGUAUAACAUCUGUGAGAAACCAGAAAUAUUACCAGUAUUUUCAGUGUUUUUAUUUUUUAAUCUUUGAGUGUGAGCUAAAUGUUCCCGUACUGAUUUGUUAUAUGUUGAUAAUGGUAUAACUGAAUAAAUUAAAAUGUAAUCAAUA